AAAUGUGCGCGCACGGAGGCACCCAAACGCCUCCUGAAAAAAGAGCAGGCCCCGCUUUCUUGAAUGAAAAUCGAAACAUAAUCAACGUUUAUACUUAGAAAAUUUAUUGAUAUCAUUUUCUCUGGUAAUUUCCUUAUUCUAGACUUGGACACGCCAUAUAUCAUAAUACACACGUGUAACGGGUCUUUGUUUAAUAUUUAUCGAAGCUUGAUUCCCAGAUCAAAGCGCCUCAUAACUUCAUCUGUCUUUCUCAGACCGUUCUCUCUUGCUAAAGAUCUUGUUCUGUUAUUGCGGUAGGGCGGCCAUACACCACCUAUCAUUGUGAUAGAGCGCGGACUUAGGCCCACUCCUUGCUGUUUGGGCUUCGCCGGGCCUUGAAACGUAUGUAACAUAGGUAAGGGAUGAACAUUUCCAUUCCAUUAGAAGGACCUAUACUGCUCAGCCUGUACUGCUGGCCUAUAAACACCACUUUGACAUUAAAUAAAAAAAAUAAAAACAUGCUUAAUUUAUUCUCUGCAGCACAAUGGCAGUCUGUUAUGUCCACUAUCUCCGUGAUGAACCAAUCUCACUUUGCAAAAGUCGUCUGAAAGUGAUGAAGGCGCCUGCGCCGACAAAGGUCUUUGUUUGAAAGGAGCGGCAUAUAAAAUAAACCCAUUUAACUGUCAUUGCAGAUUUCACGCCUUAUGUGUAACCACCAUAAAUUCAGCAUCCACCCUGGCUGCCCUCAUAUAUUUGCCCCCCUUCAGUAAAAGCCUCCCCUGCGUAAGCGUUUUAGUAAGAUCAUUUAGCAGCUGCUGGUCCCACUGCCAGUUGAGGAUAUUUACGCGUGGAUCCAAAUGCAUCCAUCUGACUGCAGUGAUGCAGCUGCUGACAGAGUCGGCCGUCAGCAGCAGCAUCAGGAGCAGCAUCACGUCCACAGCCACCGUCUUCUCCCUUUUCCAAGCUGUCUUAACACCGAACGCCGCUUGGGUUGCUACCAGGAAGGGCGCUGACAUAAUGAUUAAAGCUGACCAUUUGUAAUGUGUCUGGGGCUUCCUCACAAAGCAGUAAAAGAGGGAUAAUGUGCCCGAACCUCGAGCUCAAGCCCCGCAGCUGUCCCGCAUCCACACACAACCAGGGAGAGGCACGGAAAGAGCAUGGGCGGUGAAGGUGGGAGAUGGGCGGUGGUGGGAAGCAGAUCCCCUCUUCACACACACACACACACACACACACACACACACACACACACACACAGCCCCCACCACCUUCAAUCAAUUAGUCAAUCAAUUAGCCGGCCUCCACUCCACGCGCGGUCAUCACGAGGCAGAUUAGCUCAGUAAUGAUCAAAUUAAUUCUUAAUCGUAGAUAAUGGACGCGGAAUGAGUUUAUUAUUUUCAGGAAAAAUGAGUUAGGCCUUUGUCUUAGUUCCAAGACUGUGUGUGCGUUGCCGUCACGCCAGCCAGUUUUAUCAUAAUCGGAAAAAGCCGACACGACAGUUCCUCUUUUCUUGGAUGGGUAUUAUACAUUUCCAUAACUAAUAAAUUGAGAUAUACUGUCUGAAGUUAUGGAAGGCAACGCAGUUUAGACGCACUUACGCAAGCUGUUGUAAGCGUUAAAGCGAAAUACUUUAACACACUUGUAAGCAAUAAAAAUACAGGAAAAGAAGUCAAAGUUCGGUGACUCUUCUGAGUCAUACAGAACAUAGUCUGCAUAUUAGGGCGCCUAGUCUAAAUGUUUUAAAUGAAGGCCAAUACUCCUCUUCGGCUUUCUCCUUCUUCUCAUCAUAUCUGAAAAAAAAAAAGAAAAAAAAAACUAGACAGGAGUUUGAAAUUUCCGGGCUCAUGCUGGAGGCUGCCAUUGGCUCACGAGGAGCUUACCUACAUGCAAAUGAAGCAACGCAGCCUUGCUGCCUCUGAUCCAGAGCGUGAGGAGGAGGACCAGGAAUACACUCAUGUACCUCGAGCUCUAGAAAAAACACCUCCAACUCCUUCAAUGUUGAAACUCCACAAUUAAACCGGAUUGUGUUGACAAAAGCCGACAAAAGGCGCUUUCGUAAUUUUUUGCGCACCAACCCCGUAGAAAGCAAUAACGGAAUACAAGGGGACAGACCGAUUCAGUCAAUACUUCAAUACUGUUAUGAAGCGAGAAUGAGUAGCGCAGAAGACAGCGGGAGCAAGUGCUCGUCGGGCCCGAUUUCCAGCUUUACUAUCCAGUCUAUUUUAGGCACGCCAUCCGAUGAGCCGCGCUCCGGGACCAAGGAGCUCUCCAAGGGGCCGCCGCCAGCGCCGCGGAGGCGCUCACUGUCGGUGUCGUCCGAGGAGGAGUGCAGCGGCGGGGAGGACUCAGCAGACUGCUUCUGCUCCGACACGGGUCACAGCGAGCCGUGCACCCAGCACCAACCCCAUAACUUUUCCUGUUUAGGUCCCGCUAAAGGACUUCUGUCUGGAAAUGACGGGCUCGCACGGCGGCCGCACCUGUCACAGCCUCUGCUGCAGGAUUAUAAGGAGGAGCAGGAGAGGCCGUGCCAUCAAAUGUCACCUCUGUCGGAGGAGAGACAAACAGACGGUGCGGACAAGCAGGGCAGCUCGGCCAAAAAGAAAACGCGCACGGUUUUCUCCCGGAGUCAGGUGUACCAGCUGGAGUCCACCUUCGACAUGAAGAGGUACCUGAGCAGCUCGGAGCGGGCCUGCUUAGCCUCCAGCUUACAGCUGACGGAGACUCAAGUCAAGACGUGGUUUCAGAACAGGAGGAACAAAUGGAAACGACAGCUCUCUGCUGAACUGGAGGCGGCCAACAUGGCACACGCCUCCGCACAGACACUAGUGGGGAUGCCGCUGGUUUUCAGAGAUAACUCCUUACUGCGUGUUCCCGUCCCUAGGUCUAUCGCCUUUCCGACGCCCCUGUACUACCCGGGAAGCAACCUGCCAGCGUUACCUUUAUACAACCUGUAUAACAAAAUCGAGUACUGAUUGACUCUGCUGUAUGUUCACUGCAGUCCACGAAAAAAAAAAGAAAAGCAUUACAAAACAAUACGACAUUCUAGGUGUCUCAUAAGCCUUGUAUAUCAAUUGUAUCACUUUUUUGUUGAGAAAACUCUUAUUAUGCAGUCAUUGUAUGUCUCACAAGAAAGCAAUCAAGCUUCCCUAUAUGUAUAAAAUACACCAUGUGUAUAAUUAAUUAUAACGAUUUUGUAUUUUUAUUUUAACUUCUUCUUUAAGUGAUAAAAUACUGGAUUUAAUCCUUCAUAUCACAUUUGAGAAAUAUGUUAAAAAAGGCCGACUUUUACACUGUUUUUUAUUCCGAAUUGGUUUGUCAAAGAUAUUUUAAGUUUCACUCCACCUGACGCAAAACUGACAGGAAACACUCAAUUCUUCCAUUUAAGGAAAAAUAUCAUUGUUUCUAUUGUAAUCUAGACCUUCAAUAAUAACCUUCUCAUUCAAUAAAUUUUCUAUUUC